CUCAAAGGACACUGACCUUAUAUGCGAAGUAAGAUUUAGAGCAGAUCUGCAGUGUGUCACUUCUUCAGAGACCAACGGCCAGCAUGAAUCUCAAGCUGUGUCUGCUGCUCCUCUUUCUCUGUGCUGUCAUUAUUCCUGCACAGUUGAAGAAAGAGAAACAUGAUAAACAUGAGGAACAUGGUAAACAUGGGCACCAUGAUAAACCAGGACCACAAGAUAAACAUGGGAGGCCUGGUGGUAAACAUCAUGGAAAGAGAGGCAAAGAAAGACUGGAGAGACUGAAGGCUGAGUUUGAAAGCUCAGAUGACUCUGAUGAUGACGACGAUGCAAACGAUUGGCUGUUUGAGCUUCAAGGUCUAGGAAAAUGCAGUCCAAAUCCAUGCCUGAACGGUGGGGAGUGUGAAGAAAAGAGAGAUAAAUUCAAAUGCAAAUGCCCAAAGCAGUUUGUAGGUAGAAGAUGCGAGAGAGGGAAAAGGGUUUGUAAGAGGGGAACCUGUGGGGCAGGACUGUGUCUUCUGACCCCAUCUCCUCCCUACUAUAAGUGCAAGUGUAUUCCACCAUUUGCACCACCAAACUGCAGAUCAACUGCUCCAUGUAAUCCAAGCCCUUGUCAGAAUAACGGCAGAUGUGUUGUAGACGAGGGUGAUUUUGAUUGCAUCUGUCCCGAUGGUUACAGUGGACAAUACUGUCAAGUAGGCCCUGAUGACUGCUAUGAGGGGGAUGGACAGUCAUACAGAGGGAAGGUGUCUGAGACAGAAGAUGGGGAUGAGUGUCUCGACUGGAACUCUGAGUUCGUUCUGGAUAAAGGAGCUUUUCCUUCAGUGGCAUUUGCAUCUAGUGAAGGCUUGGGACCGCAUAACUUCUGCAGAAACCCUGAUGGAGAUAAGAAGCCAUGGUGCUUUAUAAAGAAGGACAGGAGACUUCGAUGGGAUUAUUGUGAUGUCAGAAAAUGUCCCACACCUGCAACAACUACCAUAAAAAUGGUGUCCACCACUGCUGAAGCUCGACCCACCACAGCUGCAUUCACAGACAGUAUUCCACCAAAAGUAACUACUCUCCAACCAACCGUACCAGCUAAGACAGAUGGCAGCAUAACCCCAGAGAGCACCAGUUCAGCCCAAAUAACCACUACUCCUGUCCCACCAACCACAUUACCAAAGAACUAUACUUUAACAAGGGAUUUUCUUACCUGUGGUAAACCUGAGCCGAAAAAACAAGUAAACCGGAUUUACGGGGGUCUUAAAGCUAUUCCUGGAGCCCAUCCAUGGCAAGUAUCAGUACAGGUUAAGCCUAAAGGAUCCAUCCAAGAGUACAGACACAUCUGUGGAGGCACCCUUAUCAAGCCUUGUUGGGUGCUGACUGCUGCCCACUGUAUUGAUAAAAAGCAUGAUUACAGAGUUAUAUUGGGAGGACUAAAUUUGAUACAAAAGGAGCAAACAGAUCAGACUGUGCUGGUUGAGGACACUAUCAUCCAUGAGAAGUUCAAGGAGACCCCUGAUGUUGUCUACAAUGAUAUUGCUCUAUUAAAACUCAAGGCUACUAAUGGAGAAUGUGCUAAGGAAACUCAGUUUGUGAAGGCCGCCUGCUUGCCCAAAGCACCGUUUGCAGAUGGAACAGAAUGCAGAAUUUCUGGAUGGGGAGCCACAGAGACGUCAGAGUAUGGCUCUGUGCAUUUGCUUGAUGCACAGGUUUUGCUGAUUUCUCAGGAGGCUUGUUCCAGCAAUAAAGUAUAUGCAUCUUUGCUGGAUGACGGCAUGUUUUGCGCUGGCUAUCUCAAGGGAGGAGUAGACUCCUGUCAGGGUGACUCUGGUGGGCCUUUAACCUGUGAGAGAAAUGAAACACACUAUAUCUAUGGUAUAGUGAGCUGGGGAGACAAUUGUGGGGAGAAGAACAAGCCUGGUGUCUAUACCAGAGUCCUUAAAUAUUUGGAUUGGAUCAAUGAAAAAAUUAGUGUCCCACAGUAGCAUGUCCAUGAAAUAUUAGCCACGGUCACAGUGUUUUCUGUUGUGUACUUUGAGCUACCAGCAACGUUUGAGAUAAUUCUUCUGAUGAAUU